UCGUAAAAAUCCCUUGAUUUCGACACAAUGUUGAGCUGGCGUCGGUUUGGUUAGUAGCGCUGCAUGACAUAGCGGCGAGUAACGGCACAUUUUGGCGCGGUUUCCAACGGUUUUUGAAAAUUUCAUAGUUUCUCCUAUGAGAAGAGCAGGUGGCAUUUAUUGCGCCGCCAUACCAAGAAUAUCACAUCCCCUUUGAGAGCAAGAAAGCAUUGCCGAAUGGGCAUCACUACUAAAAAUAAAGCGAUAUAAGCUGAUAAUAAUUACAGCUAACACAGACCAUAGAAACUGUAGCCAUUUUGAGAAUUUCGUUCUACUGAUGCAUUUUACUCUUACAUUUAUUCAUAUUGAAAAAGUGUAACAGUAUCUAGAGGUGACGGGAAUUUCCCGCAGUGGACGUGUACGGAAAAAGUCCUCAAAGCUGAUGGACUUUGAAUCUCCCGAUGACCUAUCUGACAGUAAAUUCAAACGACAAAGAGCACAACUGCAAUCACAGCAGUUGCUCGACCGAUUCGAUGGUCGGCAGCAGCAAGUUUUGGCACAGGGACAUUCCAAUCAACAUGGAAGUACUCCUCGUCAAAGGAAGAAUUCAGGAUCGAAUGCGAUGCAACAAAGGAUUAAGGCAGAACCUAUAUCAGAUAAUGAGGGACAAAGUUCGGUAUCGGACUCAGAUGAAAACCCUGGAAUGAACGAAGAAGAAAGAUACAGUAUGGAUUCAGCAAGCGAUGAUGAGGUUGAUCCGUUAAUGAUUGAUGACAGAGAAACAGGAUUUAGAAGGCUUGAACCACCUGGCCAAGAGACUCCUUCUCAAGCAAAUAGCCUUUAUAUGCUUGAAAAGUGUAAAAAGAAACUAAUUAUCAAGGAUGGAAAGAUUAUUGGUAGAAUGAAAGCACAACGCAAAGACAAAGGGAAAACCAGAUUUACUGCGUAUAUGUUGUGGGCUAAAGAAAUUAGGCAGGAAUUGUCGGAGCAGUGUCCGUAUAUGGAUUUUGCAGCUAUUUCAAAGCGGUUAGGUGAACUAUGGGCAACUGUACCAAAUCUAGAAAAAUAUAACUGGCGCAGACGUGCGAAACGAUUGGCAUCAAAACCUUCUUCUGGCUUAAGUAAAGAUGAAUCAAUAUGGAAAAUGCCUCCACCAGCGUCGCGUAAGAAGUUCAUAAACAAGAUUGGUAAUGGAAAGGAAACUAAAUCUUCUUCGAAGAAAACCAUUCAACUAGGUAUGCCAUCAGUAGUGGGAAGUGUUCCUGUAUCACCACCAUACAGUCGCAGUGGUAAAGACCUGGUUAAUGAACCUGUUAUUGGUACUGGGAUGUACAAAGUCGUUGGAACACAACCAGUCGACGUCGCUGCUCAUCUUAAACUACUUGGUGAGAGUUUGACAAUUAUUGGAGAGCGGUUAAAGGAGCAUGAAGGCCAAAUAGCAGUUUCAGGCAGCUUAUCGGUCUUAUUGGACUCGCUGCUCUGUGCCCUGGGUCCUUUAAUGUGUCUUACUCAACAAGUAACAGGUGUUGAAGGAGCUAGACCAGAGACUCUUUCGCAGAUGUUGGACAAUAUUGCUUACAUUAUGCCUGGUUUAUAGAAAGUGUAUAGAAGAUAAAUGAUUCUUCAUGAUAGUAUGUAAGAAAAUCAGGAACUUUAAGAUAUAACAACUUGCUACUUUAGAUUGCUUCAACAAAAGAUUGUUUAUAGAAGCAUCUAAUUUGCAAUUGAAGUAUCUUGUAAUAUACUUUGACAAAAAUACAAAUGGCGUUAUGUAAUGUAUAAAACAUUGCAGUGAUUGUGGUAUCUUAUAAAAAAUAUAUGUUUUAUUCAAUAAAUCAUGGACUAUUCGGCCAA